UUGCCUCUUCAAGCUACUUCAAUGCCUUCUCUGAACUCACGUUACAAGUUAUUUCAUUCUCAUAAGAUGUGAAAUUUGUAGCUGGUACCAACUAGAGGCCGUACCUAUAAUCUUGACAACUGAUUCAAACAUUGGGGAGCUGAAAAUGUGCAUAUUUUGAAGACUCUUGGUGUUGAUCAUGUGGUGGACUUGGGCAGUGAAAAUGUGUUGCUAUCAUUACCAUAAAUUGAUAGCCAAUUCAGCCAAUUUAGAUUUUAUUUACUUUUCAGCAACCAGUUUGGGGAAGGGAAGAAGAAAAGAUAACAAAUCUCAUUGGUUGAUUAUUUCAAUUUAAACAUGUUAAUUUUAAUUCCGUAUAUGUUCCAUAAUUCAUGCUUCCUCGAACUAACUCCAUUGAUUUUACUUAAAAUUUAUAGUGUGAUUGUGUAAGCUCUGAAGGUGGAUAGUCUGCAGAGACUUUGCUCAUCUCUGGAACCUCUACUCAGAAAAAUUGAGUUAUAGUUUCUUCCUUUGUAUUAAAUCUUGCAUAUUUAAUCACACCUACAAAAGUAUUUAAUAUUGUGCGUUGCAUACUACCCAAACCCAUCCCCAUUAGAUCACUCCCACUAUGCAUGAAUACUUGUUUAAAACAGAAUUGAGUUUAUAAUAGUUUUCAGAACAAAUUGAGCCUAACACUCUUCACUUGAUUUGACGCAUUAUUGGUUUUUUGUUUGAUCUAAAGAAUUCAAUAUUAAAUUUAUUGUUUUAUUUGGACGUAGCUAUAUAUAUGGAAGAAUCAUUUAAAGGAAGUAAUCAAGAUCUUCAGUCCUUAUGAUGUUUUGUAAGGUACCGUUUUAAUUCUUCUAAGUCUUAUGAACUAUAUAGGUCAGUGAAGAAGUGGAGCGUGCUUUGGCAAAACUAGGCCCUGCUAAACUGGCUGAAAGGUGUAUCCUAGCCUCAUAUUCAAAUUUCUAAGCCAAACUUCUCUACUUUUUGUAAUGUUUUUCUGCAGGUUAUGAUAAGCAAUUCAUUUUCAUGAAUUUUCUGUUAAGCAUGAAUUACUUAAUUUAGCUUGCAUUAGAUCUUUUCCAUCAAGAAUUUGAAGGUUCAAAGGCAAAGAAUGAAUAUAUUCAAAUUUUUAUCCAAUUUAAAUUUAAACUGAUUUGAGGCAAUUAUGGUAAAACAUCUUGCUUUCUUAGGCAAUUGGGCUAUAGGGCUUAUAAACUUGAAUCCCCUAAAGAUUUAUACAAUCCAUUUGUUUCCAUGUACUUUGGUGCUGACUAUGUGACAUGGUUAUCCGAAUAUGAAGAGAGGAUCAUCAAAUCAUGUAUUUGCUGUAGAAAAUGCUGAUUCUCCAACAGUUAACUCUGGGGAUGAACUGAAAGAAACUACAGUUAACUCUGGGGAUGAAAAUGAUACACCAGGAUAUGCAAUGAGUGGGAAAUUGAAUGCUAAGAGUGCUCUACAUAGCUUGGGUGUUGUCCUUCAGAAACUUUUGGCAGAUCAUGCAUUAUCGAGUGGUCAGCAGAGCCUAUUUUUUAGGGAGGACGAUUCUAACGAUCAUGAUAACUCGGAUGAUUAUUUAGACGAGUAUGAGUAGGUUAUUUAAUUACGUUACUUUGAAUAUUAAGUAUUAUUAGUGGAUUACAAUUUAAACGAAUAUAAGUCUAAGUUUAGUUAUUUAUCUUGUCUUGAGUCUUUAUGU